CACAUUAAUUAUGCAUUAGUUAUGUUAGGAUGACUGCCCUGGCUCUCUAAUAGUGUAUUUGUACACCCAGCAUACAGAAUGUUUGGAUGAGUAACAGGUUGGACGUAGUGAGAGCAUCUGGUGAAGCACUGCUUUAGUAAAGCUGAAAAGCUGGUAAAAGCUCUCUGCAAUAUUUAUUCUGCUACACCCGGGCUUGUGCAGCUUUGUUUCGAUCUACUCUAUGAUAAUUGUUUGGAUAUAUUGGAGUAUUUCCAUGGAUUCCUGGGAUUUUUGUAUUACAUGUUCAACAAUUGACCUUUUUCUCCACGUUGGAAAACUAAGUGCUCCUAUCAUUCAACCUGAAGUUUUAGAGGUUUGAAUUAAAAGAAUUGAUCGUCUCUGCAUGCAGUACGUACACUUGGCACCCACGCAAGGCUUACUACUGAACCAGUGCUGAGACCUGCUCUUGACACCUGCACAAUACCUGGACUAUCACCGUUGGAUAAGUUGUGGUUUCUGUGGAUACUUGUUGCAGGAAUUCGCUGACUGACACCAGUAAAGCUUUGGUGAUACUUUGCACUAUUUGGACUUUCCUUACUUUCAUCACUGGUCAACUGGACAUUGUGUGGUUUGAGUGCAGGGAACGAUAUCGUCCAGCCUGUUUUGUGUAGCAACACAUUUUGACUGAACUUAUUUUGUGCACACUGAAUGCUGAUUCAAAUCGUGAUUUUUGAGUAGCAACUGAUACAUUUUGGAUCUGUCUUUUCUUUCAUUUACUGGUGGUCAACUGCUCAUUAUGGUACAGCGAACGAUAAUAUUCUGCAAUUUGGUGUAGCAACAAAUUUAGACUGACACCAAGUUGUGCAUACUGAAUGCCAAUAUUGACUAGCAUGUACUGUACGUGAUUUUUUGAGUAGCAACCGAUACAUUUUGGAUCUGUCUUUUCUUUCAUCACUGGUGGUCAACUGGUCAUUGUGGUGCAGGGAACGAUAUCGACCAACAGUUUUGUGUAGUGCUCAACAAAUUUAGACUGACCUUAUUUGUGCGCACUGAAUGCCAAUAUUGACUAGCAAAUCGUGAUUUUGCUCUGCUAUACAAGAAAAAUCGUUCCCCGGAGUGUGUGGCCGAGUCUGUGUACAUAAAACAACCUACUCACCGGGACAUGUACACCAAGGUGUUAAUUUCGAUUCCCUGCAAUUUUCUACAAGUCGAUCGAUCAUCACAAAACUAUUUUGCAGCUUGCCUGACUUCUGAUACUUUGUCACCAUAAUGGUUCAGUAUUGGAAUUGUUUUUAGCAAUCUACAUACAUCUUCCCCAGUGCCUUAUUUCAGCAAAAAUUAGGAGACGAACAUUGAUCUGUUUUAAUAGACCCUUUUGCUAGAGAAAGAAAACGAAUUCUAGAGACGGAAAAAUGUCUUACCAGGAUGGAGUGGCUGAGGAAGUGAUUGAUAUGGAUAGUUUGGCAUCGGCUUCUUCCGGAACAUAUAAGCCAUUGAUUGAAGAGUCACAGGAGAAUUACAGCACCCAGGCCAGGAAAGAAUCCGAGUACAAUGCUCCCGCCUCGGGAAAAAUGUGGUGGUGGCAGCAUCCGGAGAUCAGGCAGAAUUGGAGAGCUGUGCUGGGAUCAGUUGUUAUGCUUGUUGUGGGCAUUUUGUUAAUAGCUGCUGGAAUAGUGUUUGAGGCAACAAAACGUGAACAUAUUGCCAGUGCAAUUUUUAUCAUCAUCGGCUUCCUGUUCUUUGUGCCGGGACUGUACCACACCGGUUACAUCUACUUUGCAGCCAAAGGCAUACGAGGAUUUGAGAUGAACCACUUGUCAAUCUUCAGUAUGUCAAGAUGAGGACAGCGGAGUGACCCCACGGAGAAUGUGCAGUAGACCUUGCUCACAAGUCGGCCAUUUUAAUCCGAGGUCGUUUCUAAAUAAGCAGCUGCAGCUGGAUUAUCAUGUUAAAGACACUGGACACUAUUGGUAGUUGUCAAAGACCAGUCUUCUCACU